AUGGAGUCACCUCCAGAAAUAUCCGGUGUGUUUGCCUCAACAACAACUGAAUUGGUGCAACGUUUCGUCUGUUCCGGAGACGCCGAAUCUCCCAUUAACAUACUCGAUCUAGACGAGAUCGCUCACAACUACCACCGAUGGAACGAGAGCCAUCCCUAUGCGAUCGCGUACUAUUUACCCAGUGUCAACAACCAUCCCGCAGUACUAACCCUGCUCAGUAAACUUGGACUCGGUUUCAGCUGUGCCUCCGUGAUGGAGAUGCGUUCCGUCCUGAAGAAUGGAGUCGCUCCCGAUCGCAUCGUUCUGGCCCAUCCUGCCAAAGCCCCAGAGACGAUACUGUACGCAAAACAGAAAGAUAUCCGGCGGAUCGUUUGUGACAGUGUGCAGGAGAUCGGCAAAGUUCAUCGCCUAUAUCCCGCAGCACAGAUUAUUCUCCGAAUUAGGGUAUUCUCUGGUCAAAAGUUUGGUUGCUGCCCAACCGAAGGCGUUCGCGAAAUAUUCAACUAUGCCGCAUCUACCGGAGUCACCAUCGCUGGUAUUCACAUUGCUGUACCAGAGAAAAGUGCGUUCGAUGAAGUUGAAACUUUGCGACGUGCUCUGCAGAUUGCCAAAGAUUCGCUUGAUCAAGCCAACACAGCAGGGUUAAGUGACAUACGGCAGUUGAUACUCUCCGGUACGGAACAAGUAUCAGCUGACCAGCUGCAACAGACACUAGCCGAGUUUAACAUUGGUUCCACCUUACCCAUCAUCAUCGAAACGGAGCGACUGCUGGUACAGUCCGCCGUAACGCUCAUCACUUCCGUCCAGUCGAAGCGGGUAAUCCGUCAAUCCGGAACAGCGGGACCGGUGCAGGAGAUAAUGUAUUUCAUCAAUGACGGCCGAUAUGGGUCAUUCGAGUGGUGGAACGCUGUUGAUAAGCAUCCAGUCGUAUUUCGCGCCAACAAAACCAUAUCAACUGCUGCUUCGACACACCCCUCAUCGCUGUGGGGCCCGUCCUGUGAUUCAGCUGAUAUUGUCUGCGAACGGCUUGACCUGCCGGAGCUUGAGAUCGGGGAUUACUUGGUUUUCCCGGGUAUGGGAGCUUACGGUGUAACGCUUGCUUCGUGCUUCAAUGGGUUCCCAAUCCCGAAAACCGUCGUCUGCGCAAGGUUGGAAACAACAAGAGCACUUGUUGAAGGCUCGUUGAGCGGCGUCUAA